UGUGACCUGGUCGGCCCCUCCCCCGGAGCGGCUCUUUGCUUUAGUGCUGAGCUGGUUCAGUUGCCUGUGUAGCCGGUGGCUUUCUGUGUGAGGGGACAGCAGCAGCAAUGGCGGGCCGGACUAUGCAAGCAGCGCGAUGUCCUACUGAUGAGCUUUCCCUCACAAACUGCGCUGUGGUGAAUGAGAAGGAUUUCCAGUCUGGGCAGCAUGUCGUUAUAAGGACAUCCCCGAACCAUCGAUAUAUCUUCACCGUGAAGACCCACCACACUGUCCUGCCAGGGAAUAUUGCUUUCAGCCUUCCUCAGAGGAAAUGGGCUGGUCUCUCCAUUGGGCAAGAGGUGGAAGUUGCCGUAUACAACUUUGACAAGGCCAAGCAGUGCAUUGGAGUCAUGACCAUCGAGAUAGACUUCCUGCAGAAGAAGAAUAUCGACUCCAACCCUUAUGACACAGACAGGAUGGCGGCAGAGUUUAUCCAGCAGUUCAAUAACCAGGCCUUCUCUGUGGGGCAGCAGUUGGUGUUCAGCUUCGUUGACAAGCUUUUUGGACUGGUUGUGAAAGACGUUGAGGCAAUGGAUCCCAGCAUCCUGAAGGGGGAGCAGUCCAGUGGAAAGAGGCAGAAGAUCGAGGCAGGUCUGGUCGUAGGGAACAGUCAGGUGGUGUUUGAGAAGGCUGACAACUCCACGCUGAACCUCACCGGAAAAUCAAAGACCAAGCAGGGCCGCCAGUCCAUCAUCAACCCAGACUGGAACUUUGAGAAGAUGGGCAUUGGUGGUCUGGACAAGGAGUUCUCUGACAUCUUUAGACGAGCCUUCGCUUCAAGGGUCUUCCCACCAGAGAUUGUGGAGCAGAUGGGGUGCAAGCAUGUGAAAGGUAUCCUUCUUUUCGGCCCUCCUGGAUGUGGUAAGACUCUCAUGGCCAGGCAAAUCGGCAAAAUGCUGAAUGCCCGGGAACCAAAAGUGGUUAAUGGACCCGAGAUCCUAAACAAGUAUGUUGGAGAGUCUGAGGCCAACAUCCGAAAGUUGUUUGCAGAUGCAGAAGAAGAACAAAGAAGGCUUGGUGCUAAUAGUGGGCUUCACAUUAUCAUCUUUGAUGAAAUAGACGCCAUUUGUAAGCAGAGAGGAAGCAUGGCAGGAAGCACCGGCGUUCAUGACACUGUGGUGAACCAACUGCUUUCCAAGAUAGAUGGUGUGGAGCAGCUGAAUAAUAUCCUGGUCAUAGGUAUGACCAACAGGCCAGAUCUGAUAGAUGAAGCUCUUCUGAGACCUGGGAGGCUAGAAGUUAAGAUGGAGAUAGGUUUGCCUGAUGAGAAAGGCCGUCUUCAGAUUCUCCAUAUCCACACUGCCCGGAUGAAGGAGCAUAGUCUGCUGGCCCAGGAUGUAGAAAUACCUGAAUUGGCUCAGGAGACCAAAAACUUCAGUGGAGCGGAGCUGGAAGGGCUUGUGAGGGCAGCUCAGUCCACCGCCAUGAACCGCCACAUCAAGGCCACCACCAAAGUAGAGGUUGAUAUGGAGAAAGCCGAACAACUCCAGGUGACAAGAGGAGACUUUCUGACUUCACUGGAAAACGACAUAAAGCCUGCAUUUGGAACCAACCAGGAGGAUUAUGCAAGCUAUAUUAUGAAUGGUAUCAUUAAAUGGGGUGACCCUGUUACCCGUGUAUUGGAUGAUGGGGAAUUACUUGUCCAACAAACCAAAAAUAGUGAUCGAACACCCCUGGUCAGCGUCUUACUGGAAGGUCCACCACAUAGUGGCAAGACAGCCCUAGCUGCUAAGAUCUCUGAGGAAUCUAAUUUCCCCUUUAUAAAGAUCUGCUCACCAGAAAAGAUGAUCGGGUUCUCUGAGACUGCCAAAUGCCAGGCCAUCAAAAAGAUUUUUGAGGAUGCCUACAAGUCCCAGCUGAGUUGUGUUGUGGUGGACGAUAUAGAAAGACUGCUAGAUUAUGUUCCUAUUGGCCCUCGUUUCUCUAAUCUGGUACUCCAGGCUUUGCUUGUGCUUUUCAAGAAAGCUCCACCACAGAGUCGUAAACUUCUGAUCAUUGGCACCACCAGCCGUAAGGACGUCCUCCAGGAGAUGGAGAUGCUGGAUGCCUUUAGUACUACAAUACACGUUCCAAACAUCUGCACAGGAGUGCAGCUGAUGGAGGCGCUGGAGCUUUUGGGUAGUUUUAAGGACAAUGAACGCUCUAUUAUUGCCCAACAAGUGAAGGGCAAGAAGGUUAACAUAGGCAUCAAGAAGCUUCUCAUGUUAAUCGAGAUGUCCUUGCAGAUGGAUCCAGAGUAUCGUGUCAGUAAGUUCUUGGCCUUGCUGAAAGAUGAAGCUCCAAAUUCAGUGCGCCGUGACUACGAUUAACUGGCGGGAACAGGAGAACUUGGGGGAAAGUGUCAUCAUCAUCCAAACGAGUUACAUUCCACCCACCACUGGCUGUUCCUGGGAAGGUUGGAUUCUAGUAGCACAUCACUGACUCCCCUAUUUCUGUAUCACCUGGGAUGUGCAUGUAAUUCUAAACUAUGCUUUGUCUAAGCCAUUCAGAUCUAUUCUCGGUUCACCCAGCUUCUGAUUAGUAUGAAUGCACAGGACAGUGUGGCACAGUGCAACCAUGAUGUAACCAAAAUGUAACAACGCUGUAAUAACCUUGUCAUUGAUUUUCCGGUGGAGUGACUGCACACAACAGGCAGGCAUCGAACAUCACAGAGCUGUCACUUCAGCGUUACAUAAAUGCAACAUCUGGUUGAUAUAAAUGCACAAAUCAAGCUGUGGUGAUUUAGCCAUAUUCCAGUAGCCAUAUUGUUUUAUCUUGAUCGUUGAUCUAAAAAGCAUACAGCUUGUGGAGUGCAGACAGCCAUUUUGAAUGUCUUCCCUCUACAGCAGGCAUUCUCAAACUGCGGCCCUCCAGCUGUUGCAAAACUACAACCUACAGGUAUCAGCCUACAGCAGGGCAUUGUGGGAGUUGUAGUUUUACAACAGCUGGAGGACCGCAGUUUGAGGAUGCCUGCCUGACAGUGUACUGAUUCACUAGUUCAUUGCAGGGUGGUGGUUUAUAUCACAAGAUGGCUGUCUGCAGGAUAGGUAAGUAGUGUUCAGGGUUACGUUUAGUAGUACUCUUUGUUGGGAAGACUGGUCAUGGAUAUACUCAUUUCUCAUGCCUGGAUAUGCUCACAAUGAAUGUGACCAUGCUGUGUGGUUUCUUUUAUCCCACUCUCGGCCCUAACCCCCCCCCCCCUCUUCAGCGUCCUUCCUUGUAAGUGACAUGUGCUUUGGUUCUGUGGCUGCUUUAUCUCUACCUAAACCCCCAAUCUCUAGACACGUGUCAUAACCUCCGUCCCACAGUAUGUGUAUAUUUUUAUUGUGGAUUUUAUGUUGUAAUAAAUGAUCUGUUGGUUAUUGCAUCUGGACAACUAUUGCAAUAAAUAAAUUAUUUAUCGGA